AUCCCACUUCAUUUGCCUAGAGUCCCUAGACACAUCAUACUAGUUCUACUACUCUUCUUCUUCUGCGCCUCUGUCUCUCGAAAAUGCAGAGGCGAUUCCGGCAAGUCUUCACCGCUCUAAAAGAGCACAGCUCCGUGAGCUACGCCAAGAUCGCCACGGUUGGAGGGUUCUGCAACGUGGAGUUCAUCAUCAUAAAAGCAACAGCUCCGGAUGACUUACCGUUGCCGGAAAAGUACAUUCAAGAACUCUUGAAAAUCUUCUCCAUCUCUCCAUCCACCCUGAGUGACUUCUCACUCAGCUUCUCUCGCCGCUUCGGCAAGACUCGAUGCUGGAGAGUUGCACUCAAGUGCUUGAUCCUCCUCCACCGUCUGCUCCGUGCAGUCCCCGACGACAGUGCGUUUCGGAGUGAGCUCCUUUGGACACGUUCCAUUGGCUUGCUGUCCCUCAACGACUGUCGCUUCCGUGACGAUUCCUCCUCGGCUUCAGCAGACUACACAGCCUUUGUCAGAUCCUAUGCUCAGCUCCUCGACGAAGCUCUUCAUUGCUUUUGCUUGGAUAACGAGGCACCCGAAGAACCACAAAAACAAUAUCAAGAGGAAGGAGAAGAAGGAGAAGGAGAAGAUGAACAAGAGGAAGAAGAUGAUGAACCGCAAUUUCAGAGCUUAUCAACCAAAAUGGAAGAAAUUAGUCGAAUGCUUGAAAUGUUGCCGCAGCUACAAAGCCUAACUGAUCGAGUCAUGGACUGCCGGCCAACUGGGCCGGCAGCUAAAAGCUUCUUGGUCCAAAUGGCCAUGAAACUUCUCAUUCGAGACAGCUUUGUGUUUUACACAAUCUUUAGAAGGGAAAUUGUUAUGGUUCUUGAUAGCCUCUUUCAGAUGCCUUAUCGGAAUUGCAUAUCAGCUUUUGGGAUUUACAAGAAGGCAGCAGUGCAAGCAAAUGACCUUUGUGAAUUCUACGACUGGUGUAAGGCAAUGGGAUUGUGUGGUGCAUAUGAGUAUCCAUUUAUCGAUCGAAUCCCACAUAUUCAAAUCCAUGCUCUAGAGAACUUCCUCCAUGGAAUGUGGCAGUUGACAGAUCAGUCCUCUUCCACGCCGACCUCAUCGUCAUCCUCUUCUUUGGUGGAGUGCUCUAGUGAAACUGUAACGGAGGACGACAGCAUUCUUGUUAGUACAAAAUGGGAGAAACCAUUGAUUCAGUUCGGUGGGGAUCACGAGAACGAAAAGGCCUUAAUUCUGUUUGGGAAAGAUGCGGAGGAGAAGAUGUUGAUUCAGUUUGAAGAAGUGGAGGAGAGCUGGGAGAGCAUUCUGGAAGCUUCCAUCAAUGUCUCACCUUCUUAUCAACAAAACAAUAUGUUGUGCUUGUACAAUCCGAACGUCGUUAAUCCUUUCUAUCACCAUGGAUUUGUUACCACCAACAACGCCAUUCCUUCCUUAAUCUAGCUUAGCUGAACAGUGCAAGGAGUAUCAAUCUCAUAUUCAUGGCAUGGCAUGGAAAAGUUAUGGAAUAAAUUAGCCAUUGAGGGCUACAAUUUAAUUAGAUCAUGUUAGGAAUUACAUUGAAAUAUUAUUUACUUCAUUUUUUCCUAGUGUUGUAUAGGCCCUCAUUAAUUACUUUUUGUGUGAUUAUUCAGGAGGAAAAUGAUCCAAACAGAGUUCAUAGGGUGCCUCAAAAGUUCUGCAUAUUCAAUCAAUUAGAUCUUCAACUUUCUUUCUUUGGUAUUAUCAAUUUAACUUUGUUUUCAAUGGAACUACUUUGUAGAACUCAUGAUCCAAGGCAAGACUUGCUGUGAUUUGUCGGUUUGUGUAAAUCAUAUAUUUAGGCCUAGAUGAAAGAAUGAAAUACUACUACUUUUUAAAUCUUCUGUAGCUUUCUACUUUCCUAUUUGUUAAAUGUAGUUGAUGUUUGUUAA